AUAUAGCCAAAAAGAAGAGAGGAAAACAAAAAAAAAAAAAAAGGGAAAACUGCUGAGAAACGCGUUUCACUUGGGUUCCUUGUCACCACGGCGCCCACCAGGAGCCCAGCUCCACACCCAGGGAUGCUGCAGAGGGGGGCCCACAUGGCCUCCCCCCAUCCCCGGCCCCCAUUUCCCUGCAGGGUGCAGGAUCACCCCCAACCCUCCCAGUGCCACUCGCUGGUGGAGGCACAGGGGGGUAUGAGGAGACCCCGGCCUCCAGGUCCUCGCCUCCCUGCCCCGCGCCGGGACCACCGCUGCCUCCCCGUCCCCGGCGGGUUCAGCCCCCAUGCUGCGUCCCUGCGUCACCGCAGCCCUCCAGCACCACGCGCCCCGUCCCGCAGCCCCCCCAUGUCCUCCCUCGAGAGACUCUGCCUCGAUCCAGCGCCCCCAGCCUUGGCUGGCUCGGGAAAUAUGUUUCCUGAUGCUUCUCAUUUUUCCCACGCUCCCUGCUGCCGGCCGCGGAGCAGUGGAUGAGCGGGGAAGAAAUCCGCCCUAACGCCCGCGCCCCGCUCGGUCCUGGUGCCAGAAUCGCGUCUCCCCCCCUCUCCCCAAGCCCCCCAUGAACAUUUGCCUCUGUGCUUCAAAAACCACGCUGAGAACCAGCCGGGCAGCACGCAAAUGCCCCCAAACCCAUCCAAAAGGGCCGGGAAGAGGCGUCCCCAUCCCACCAGUGCGGCCCCGGCCUCUCCUCGCCCCAGCCCCGCUCCUUGGCGCCUUCGCCCCACGGAGGGGACGCCGAGCACGUGGGCGCCGGCGGCCUCAGCUGCCUCCGCUCCACGCUGUAAAGCUGAGAUUUACAAGUGGCCGGAGGAGACCAGAGCCGGGCAGCCUUUAUGGAGCCUCAUUAGGAGCUGCAGGGAGCCUGGCUGGGAUCCACCGACCUCGCCACGUCCCGGGGAGACGCCGGCGCGGGGCACGGUGCAGCGGCAGCACCGGAGGGGACCGGGUGGCUCAGCCCUUGGCCACGGCACUUGGGGACGGGACCGUGGGGUCCUCGAGGUCCCUGAAGCAUCCCAUGCCCAGGCACGGGGCGGCGAGUUCCUCGCACGGGGCGUCCCCUGUCCUCCCCUGUCCCCCAGCGGAUGCAUCCGUGGAACCACCACUGAAGCAGGGAAACCUCGGGGGGCCGACGGCACCGACCGCCCCCACGCCUCACCACCGCUCGGGAAGGGCAGCGCUUGGGUUCCUCGGGGCAAGGAGCGCGGAACCGGAGGGGAAAGCCCGGCCUUUGAAAGAUGCGGCGUCCUCCACCAACAGCCCCCGCGCAAGGCCCCGGGAGCGGGCUGGGGACGCGGCCCCGCGUGGAGCUCACCCCGAUGCGGUGCCACGGCCAAAGGAGGCUCAGCCCCGGCCAGGGGAGGGGACGGGGAGAAGCUGGACCCAGCCCCACGCCAUGGGAAGGACAGCGCGGGACACGUGGCCGGGCACCAGGUCCCCGUCCUUGCUCUGGGAAGGGGACGGCACCGGGACCCCCCGGGUUUGGUUCUCGGCUUGAUGAGGUUGGAAGCCCAGAGAAGCAGCUGUGACGAAGCCUCGGAUGCCAUGAGAGCUCUGUCCAUCCCCGCUCGGCUCUCUGACCACCCGUGGCUCCCGGCACCCACACCAGCAGCCAAGGGAAGCCCUGGCCCUGCUGUCCUUACGUGCCUCAGCGGCUCCAGCCCCGACAUCCGUCCGUCCGUCCGUCCGUCGCGGCUCCAUCCCGACCGCGCGCUCCGGCCCCGAGCGCGGCCGCGCAUCAAACCGACAGACACCAGAAUUGCCUUGGAGAAGCAGUUUUAUUAUGAAACCAAGAACGAAAUGCAGUGUUUGCCCUGGCACACUACAAAACAUCUCAAGCAAAUAACCAGCAGAAGGAUCGUGAGCCAAAUAGAAAAUACAUCUUACAAAAUCCGGCAUA